AUGAUGUUCAACGCCUUCCUUACUGGCCUCCUCGCUGCCACCGCCGCCGCGCUUCCCCAGCCUCUUCAGACUCGCUCUGAGAGCGGAGCUGUUGAGACCCGCGGCUCUGACGGUGGUAUCACAAUCGUCAACAACAUGGGCAGCGAUGUCUAUCUGUGGACCACCACGUCCGACGCUGGCAGCAUGAAGACGCUCAGCUCUGGUGGUGGUGACUACACCGAGGGAUGGACCACCAACUCCAACGGUGGUGGUAUCUCCAUCAAGAUGUCCACCUCUAAGGACAAGGAUAGCGUUUUGCAGUUCGAAUACACCCAGCAUGACGACACCCUGUACUGGGACAUGUCCUCUAUCGAUCUCGACUCCUCCUCCGAGUUCAUCAAGUCUGGCUUCACUGCUGAGCCCAGUGAUUCGAGCUGCCGGUCCUCUACCUGUGCCGCUGGUGACGCAGACUGCUCCGAGGCUUACCAGAAGCCUGAUGACGUGAACACCUACUCUUGCUCUCUGGGUUCCAGUUUCACCCUGACUCUGGGAUAA